UUUGCUAGGAUAUUCGGUCGGUAGUUGCAACGACCAACCUCUCUCAGUUGCUGUUCUUUUAUUUUCUGCUUCACGAUGUGUCCUCUGGGCAAAAAUGUGCUAAGUCGGCUCCGAGUUUGAAAUAUUCAGCAGGCAGUGGCAAGGCAUAGCCACGAGAAACGGACACCUGACUUCCAUGACAAAUAUGGUAAUGCUGUAUUAGCUAGUGGAGUUGCUUUUUGUGUAACUACAUGGACCUAUACAGCAACACAAAUUGGAGUAGAAUGGAACCUGUCCCCAGUUGGCAGAGUCAACCCAAAGUAAUGGAGAGAACAGUAA